UAUAAACUUCUUCGUGCCCCUUGAGCCUGAGGUCCGGUGCGCUUCCUUUCCGCCGUCGCUCUCUUCUACGAGGUUGAGAUCGAAUUCCAGCUGCUAUAUUUCUUUUGCUAUAAGCCAGACUCACAAUGGGGAAAGAGAAGGUUCACAUCAGUAUUGUGGUCAUUGGUCAUGUUGACUCUGGCAAGUCAACCACCACUGGGCAUCUCAUUUACAAACUUGGUGGCAUUGACAAACGUGUGAUAGAGAGGUUCGAAAAGGAAGCUGCUGAGAUGAACAAAAGAUCAUUCAAGUAUGCUUGGGUCCUUGACAAGCUUAAGGCUGAGCGUGAGAGAGGUAUCACUAUUGACAUUGCUCUUUGGAAGUUCGAGACCACCAAGUAUUACUGUACUGUCAUUGAUGCUCCUGGGCAUCGUGACUUCAUCAAGAAUAUGAUCACUGGAACAUCUCAGGCUGACUGUGCUGUUCUUAUCAUCGAUUCGACAACUGGUGGAUUUGAGGCGGGUAUCUCAAAGGAUGGCCAAACUCGGGAGCAUGCUUUGCUUGCUUUUACUCUUGGGGUCAAGCAGAUGAUUUGUUGCUGUAACAAGAUGGAUGCAACUACCCCCAAGUAUUCAAAGGCCAGGUAUGAUGAAAUUGUGAAAGAGGUUUCCUCUUACCUCAAGAAGGUUGGCUACAACCCUGAUAAGAUUCCUUUUGUUCCCAUCUCUGGAUUCGAGGGUGACAACAUGAUUGAGAGGUCUACCAAUUUGGACUGGUACAAGGGUCCCACUCUUCUUGAGGCCCUUGACUUGAUCAAUGAACCAAAAAGGCCAACGGACAAACCCCUUCGGCUUCCCCUUCAGGAUGUGUACAAGAUUGGUGGUAUUGGAACUGUUCCAGUGGGACGUGUUGAGACUGGUGUCCUAAAACCUGGCAUGGUUGUCACAUUUGGUCCUACUGGUCUCACAACUGAAAUCAAGUCUGUUGAGAUGCAUCAUGAAGCUCUCCAGGAAGCUCUACCGGGUGACAAUGUUGGUUUUAACGUGAAGAAUGUCGCAGUUAAAGAUCUCAAGCGAGGGUUCGUUGCAUCAAACUCCAAGGAUGAUCCUGCCAAGGAGGCCGCAAACUUCACUUCUCAGGUUAUCAUCAUGAAUCACCCAGGUCAGAUUGGCAACGGUUAUGCCCCAGUCUUGGACUGUCACACCUCCCACAUUGCUGUCAAGUUUGCUGAGAUCCUCACCAAGAUUGACAGACGAUCUGGGAAGGAGCUUGAAAAAGAGCCCAAGUUCCUCAAGAACGGUGAUGCUGGCUUUAUCAAGAUGAUUCCCACCAAGCCCAUGGUGGUUGAAACAUUCUCCGACUACCCUCCGCUUGGUCGUUUUGCUGUCAGGGACAUGCGCCAGACUGUGGCUGUUGGUGUCAUCAAGAGUGUCGAGAAGAAGGAUCCAACCGGUGCCAAGAUCACCAAGGCAGCUGCCAAGAAGAAGUGAGAUUGAUAUUCAUUGCCAGGAGAAAAAACAAGUGUUUUAGUUAUCUUCAUCUUCUCAGUUUUUGCUUCCACCUUCCCCGUUAAGUUUUUCUACAGCGACCUUUAAAUGAGUCAGCUGUUAGUCUUCUGUUUCCUUGCGAGUCUAAACUUUAAUCUUAUGCGUCCCUUCCAUGGCAGUAUUUUUCUCUGUAGCAGUUCUUCAGGAAGUGUUUGAAUUUUGAACAUCGUGCUUUCAAGUUUGCUGCUUGUUUUAUUUA